CCCGCCACCUCUCGCCAAAGGCCGUCGCCAUCAGCUCUCUCCGAAGCCCGUAUCCGCCCCCUCUUGCCGCUGAGCGUCUCUCCGCCGGCUUUAAAGACAAAGAGACCCGCCGUUGAAGCCUCUCGCCAUCGUCUCUCGGAGCCGCCCUCUGCCGCUGCCCUCUCUGAAGUCAGCCGCUGCAGGGCCGUUGCCUACCACCGCCUCCCGCACCUGCAUCCUCCCUCUCUGCGGCCUCUCGCCGCCGUCGCACAGCCCCUCCCUCUCUACUGCCGCCGCACAACCACUCCUUCUCUGCCACUGUUGUCGCACAUCCCCUCCCUCAGAAUCAAAAACAAAAUUGUAGAGUUGUCCUUACCUUUUGCAACUUAGUGAAAACCCUGAAUUGAGAAGCCCAAUUCAUCAAGCGGGGACCAAAAGGAGAAAACCUAAUUGUAUAUAUUAUGGGUUUGGAGUCUUCUUCCAACACUCAAGAUGGAGAAGAAACCUACAUCUCAAUUCCUCGCGGCGGGCCUAUUUACUUGCCUGACAUGGUUGGCCCACUUUCCAAGACUUGCGAAUUUGAGACGAAUGUGCUUCAAGAACUUGAGAAGCUCAAGAUAGAGCUGUUUUCAGACCUUGAUGGAAUGCCUAUUGAAGAUAUUUCUGUAGACGAGCUUAAAAUUAUUUCUGAUGAAGAGUUGGUGAACAAAGCUUUUGAGGAAGCCUUUAAGGAUGACGAGGAGAUUGAUAAUUCUUCAAAAUUUUCGCAGAAGCAACCACAGUUUGGGAGAAAAGAUGAUUGUAAAAUAUCUAGCUAUGGACAUGCUUGUUUAGAGAGCUCGGGCAUGUUAGAAGAUGCUUCAACUUCAGACAAGUCCUUGAAUGUCUCCUCUCUUAGAGCUGGUGAAAAUGGAAAAUCAAGUAGAAAGAUCUCAAAUAAGAGGAAGAGGAGUUCUACCAUUAAUCAGCAGAAUCAUACCCUAAAUGACAAUUGUAUUGGAAAGGUGGAGCAACUUGUAAAAAUCAGACAAAGACAAGAUGAAGACAAAGCAGCCGCAAGGCUGCACUCAUUCAAUGGUAGUUGCAGAACUAAUGUAUCUGCAAGCUUGACAUCUGAUAGAUCUGAAAGGAUGAAAGCCCUCAAGUCAAUAAGUUCUACAACAAAGGUUCAGUCAUUGAACACUAGGGAACCUGUACCGGUGAUUCAUCCAGAAGUUGUUCUAUGCAUUGAGGUUUACCAUAACAAACGCACAUGGUCAAAGACCCAAGAAUUCUUGGUUUUGGGAUGUCAACCCUUGACUGAACUAAGGGACAGCAUUUGUUGCUUGACGGAUGAACUUAUGCGUAAGGCAGGGCAGCACGAUCCUUCGGGAUAUUUCCUUAUCGAGGAGGUGUUUUGCAAUGAUUUGCGUGAUCCUUCUGCUAUCAACUAUAGCAAACCUAUAUUCGAUUGGCUAAGGAAUUCAGAGGAUGAAGCACGUGAGAAAUGGGAGUGCAUCAUAUCAGGUGAAAUGCAACAGAGGCAAAAAUCACUCCUGGGCAGUGAACGAAUCUCACGUUUGCCUAGCUUCAAAGCAGUCGAAAUGCACAAAGUGCGGUUUUGUGACUUGCAGUUUCGACUUGGUGCUGGUUAUCUGUAUUGUCAUCAGGGGGACUGCAAGCAUGCAAUUGUGGUGAGGGACAUGAGAUUGAUUCAUCCAGAGGACGCGCAGAAUCGAGCAGCUUAUCCAAUUACAACAUUUCAAUCGAAAUUGCGUUUCCAGAAAUGUACUGUCUGCAAGAUCUACAAAGCGGAAAAGGUGACCGUUGAUGAUAAGUGGGCCCCAGAGAACCCUUGCUAUUUCUGCUUGAAUUGCUAUUACAUGCUUCACUAUGUUGACGGCUCUUUGAUAUAUAACAACUUUACUGUGUUCGACUACCACCACGAUUGAUGUAAUAACGCUAGCUUCAUAGUUUUUGAAUAUUCGGCUCUCUCUCGGCAAUUCCAAGGUUCGUUGAAACUAAGGAGUUGUUUUUCC